AUGAAAGUGAAAAGAAAAACAGAAUUGGCUCAGCGUUUCGAGAUGCGAAUAAUUGUGCUACUGAGAGUCUCUGGAAAAGCAAGCUCUGCGCAAUCCCAGCGGAAUUUGUUGGCUUUGGAGAUUGAGGAUGUUGCUCAAAGAAAUUCUGUGCAAAUUACCCAGGAACGAUCGAAAAGCGAUCAACGCGAAGUAUUGGAGCAAUAUGCUUCAGCCCCUUCUGAGCGAUUUGUGCGCGCCUGGUUCCAGCGCUUCAAAGCCGGAAACAAGAAACCCGAAGAUGAGCCUCGCUCUGGUCGACCGACUGCAAUAUCGUUCGACGUACGGAAGAAUCUUCCGGAGCAUCUAUAUGAAGGUGUGCGGUAUUUUGCUGCCAAUCUUGGCUGUUCGCUGUCCACCGUGAGCAAUGGACUGCGCUCUCUCGGAACGGUGAGAAAGCUCGGACAUUGGCUCCCACAUGCAUUGAGCGACGGCAACCGCCAAAGACGCCUGGACAUCUGCACUCAGCUGCUCUCCAGAAGCCGCAGAUUCGACUGGCUGCACACCAUUGUCACUGAAGGUGAAAAAUUGGUCCUCUACGUCAACCACGCGCACAAACGUGCGUGGUGCGCUGGCGAUGAAAUGCCGGAUCCUUUCGUGAAAGGUGAAAUCCGUGAGAAGAAGGUCAUGCUGAGCGUCUGGUUGAGAGUUCAUGGAAUAUACCGCUUCGAACUACUGCCGGACAACACGACAGCUACUGCCGGGGUCUACUGCGCUCAACUACAAAGACUGGCCGACAAGAUCUGCAAGGAGCACCCGAAGCUCGACAACGUUCGCCUGCUGCAUGAUACCGCGCGCCCUCACGUCGCGAAGAAGACUUCCCAGAAAAUUCUGGAGCUCGGAUGGGAAGCUCUGCCGCACCCAUCGUACAGCCCAGAUCUGGACCCAAGCGACUACCGCCUCUUCCGAUCGCUUCAGCAUCACCUGGAAGAGAAGCGCUACGAUGAUCGUGAUCACCUCGAAAAUGACCCUCGGGCUUUCUUUGCCUCCAAGUCGCCGGAGUUCUACGCCAAAGGAAUCCGUGAUCUUGUGAAACAUUGGCAGAAGGUUGUCGAUGUCGAUGGAGAUUAUUUCGUCAAAUAA